AUACACAGAUAACCGUAUCCAGACGUAUCCGUAAUUCCGUACGUAUCAGGGCUUUUUCGUACAUAUCCUGGCGUAGCCGCACGUGUCCGUGGGUAUCAUAUCUACGAGGCAAAAUAGAACAAGCUUCAAGAAGCAAAUUAGCAGAGCAAUGGGAACAGUAACAGCUCCAGCGCCAUGGAAGCAGCUUCUUCUCAGUGCCUUGGAAGCCAACGCCCACCUCAGACACUCUUCCUACUUUCAGCUCGCAACGAUCGGUUCUAAUGGGAGACCUUCAAAUCGGACUGUGGUUUUCAGGGGAUUUCAAGAGGACAGUGAUAAGAUUCAGAUAAACACUGAUUGCAGAACCCGUAAGAUUGAGGAGCUUAAACAUUGUCCUUUUGCUGAGAUAUGUUGGUACUUCACCGACUCUUGGGAGCAAUUUCGGAUCAAUGGAACAGUUGAUAUUAUUGAUGGAUCCAAUUCUGAUCCCAUGAAACUUCAGCAAAGAGAAAAAUCUUGGUUUGCCGGUUCUUUGAGAUCAAGACUGCAGUAUUUGGGACCAAGUCCAGGUCUCCCCAAUCCAAGUGAACAACCAGCCAAUGAAGUCUCUCUAGAUCCUUCUACAGGCCCAGUUGGGGCAUUUUGUUUGCUUGUUCUAGAUCCACAUCAGGUUGAUUACUUGAAUCUGAAGAGUAACCAGAGGCUGUCAUUCACAUCCACUCCAAGUUCCGAUGGAGAAAAGAGCUGGACUUCAGAAAAGGUUAAUCCUUAAGCUCCUAAUAAGCAUGAAAGAAGUUGCCACACUUCCAAAAAAAAAAGCAAAAGAAGUUGCCUGUGAUUGCUUAUAUAGCAUAAAUAUUCUCAAAUGCAGAUUCUUAUUCCUUCAAGGCUGUAAUUUAAAAGGAUCUAUUUGUAUGACUUUAUCAUGUGAAUCUUCAUUCAUAUCAUAUAGAUCAGUUCUACUGGAGAGGUGAUUGUAAUCUACUCAGAAAGCAUGCUGACCUUGCUCAUUACUUGUAAUAUAUGAAUAUCUUUCUCUGUAUCUAUUAUCUAUCUACCUCUUCAUUCAUAAAUAAAUGAAAGGAUAUUACACCCA